AAAUUUUACAAAAUUGCGUAUUCCCUUUUCACCGUCUUCGCUGAGAAACACCAAAGUUCUACGCGGUCGGAACCCUAGAAUUGCAGAAAAUUCCCCAAAAAUCAGUACAUCACCGGUCACCAAAACCGAAAAACUUUUUGGAUGAUCAGUUUCCAUAAUUCAAACACUUGUAGAGAUUCAACAACAGUUCAUCGAAUUCACCAAUGGGAGCGAGCAGAAAGCUUCAAGGCGAGAUCGAUAGAGUUCUGAAGAAAGUUCAAGAAGGUGUUGAAGUUUUCGACAGCAUAUGGAACAAGGUUUACGAUACCGAUAACGCGAACCAGAAGGAGAAGUUUGAGGCUGACUUGAAGAAGGAGAUUAAGAAGCUUCAGAGGUAUAGAGAUCAGAUUAAGACAUGGAUACAGUCUAGCGAGAUUAAAGAUAAGAAGGUUAGUGCCUCUUAUGAGCAGGCUUUAGUGGAUGCCCGCAAGCUUAUUGAGCGCGAAAUGGAACGGUUCAAGAUUUGUGAAAAGGAGACUAAGACAAAAGCUUUCUCCAAGGAAGGACUGGGACAGCAACCUAAAACAGAUCCAAAGGAGAAAGCCAAGUCAGAGACUAGAGAUUGGCUUAACAAUACGGUGUCUGAGCUGGAAUCUCAAAUCGAUAGCUUUGAAGCUGAGAUGGAGGGGCUGCCUGUAAAGAAAGGAAAAGCAAGACCUCCUAGACUUACACAUUUAGAGUCAUCAAUCACUCGCCACAAGGCUCAUAUAAUGAAGCUAGAGUUGAUAUUGAGGCUGCUGGAUAACGAUGAAUUGAGUCCUGAGCAAGUCAAUGACGUUAAGUAUUUCAUUGAUGACUAUGUGGAACGAAAUCAGGAGGAUUUUGAUGAAUUUGAGGAUGUUGAUAUGCUAUACAACAGCUUACCACUGGACAUGGUUGAUGUACUAGAAGAUCUAGUUUCCAUUGUGCCACCUGGCCUUGUUAAGGGUGUUGGCUCUACCGGUGCUGUUUUAACUGUGAAAAAUGCUUUGUCUUCACCUCCUGUUCAGUCACCGCAGGGAGCUUCAGUCCAGGAGCAAGCUGAGGAGACGUCCCAGGACAAUAGUUCAGAUCACGGGCCAAAAACCCCACCUGCAAAAAGCUCCACAAUCUCAUCUUCUCCUCCAACGCCAGCUGGCAGUCACGCAGCCACACAUGUUUCUGUUGCUGCUUCUCCUAUCCUACCAGGUGCAAGUCCUGUCAGGGGUAUUUUAGGUAAUACAGUCUCCGCCAUUUCAUCCUCACCCUUAACCAAGGAGGAAGAACCUGUUCGUAAAUCAUCUCCCGCUCUCAAUCUGGGUAGAGGCAGUUUGACUUUGACCAGUCAAUCUUUAGUUACUACGGCUAGUAAUAUUUCUACCAGUGGUGUUGCUUCUUCAGUUUCUGAAAUGGGCAAGAGAGUUGGCGCCAGUAGUGGCAGCAUGGUGCACUCAUCACCAGUUUCGUCUUUGAGUAACAGAAUGAUGUUGUCGCAAGGUGUUGGUAAAACCAGUGAUGGCGGCGAUAAUGGAAAUGGCGGUGAGGGUAGUGGUAUGCCGCCUAGAGUCUUUUCACCUUCAUGGAGGCCUGGAAGUCCGUUUCAAAAUCAACAUGAAGGGGGACAGGUGCGUGGGAGACCUGAAAUUGCACCCGAUCAAAGGGAGAAGUUUUUACAGCGUUUCCAGCAAGUGCAGCAACAGACUCAAUUCUCAGCACAGCAGAGCCCUCUUCUGCAACAGUUCAAUUCUCAAAGUUCAAAUGUAUUGCCACAAGGUGGGUUAGGUGGAGCACAGUCAGCAGGUCCUAACACUGUCACAUCUGCCCAACAACAACCUAGUUCGAUUCAUUUACAAUCUGGUCAACCGACACUUAUCUCCGUUGGAUCUAAAGAUACUGAAAUGGGCAAUGCGAAGGCCGAUGAGAUGGAGCAACAGCCAAACUUAUCUGAUGAUUUAGCUGCUGAUCCUGCCCAAAGUGUUGGUCUUAGCAAGAAUGCUGCCAAUGAGGAAGAUCCAAAGGUGUCAUAUGCAUUAGAUAUGCAGAGUGGAGCAUCGACAGAGGCUGCACAAACUACACGGGAUGUUGAUCUCUCACCUGGACAGCCUUUUCAAUCCAAUCAGUCGGGUGGCCUUGGGGUUAUAGGUAGAAGAAGCCAUUCCGACCUUGGUACAAUUGGAGACAACCUUGGUGGGUUAGCUGUGAGCUUAGGUGGCGCUCAUGAUCAGCAAUACAACCUGCAGAUGCUUGAGUCUGCCUUUUACAAACUUCCCCAACCCAGGGACUCUGAACGAGCCAAGAGUUACACUGCAAGACACCCUGCGGUGACCCCUCAAAGCUAUCCUCAAGUACAGGCUCCAACUGUCAACAACCCAGCUUUUUGGGAACGUCUCGGAUCUGAUAACAUUGGCACCGAUACUUUGUUUUUUUCAUUCUACUAUCAGCAGAACACAUAUCAGCAGUAUUUAGCCGCCAAAGAAUUGAAGAAACAAUCAUGGAGGUACCAUAAAAAGUACAAUACAUGGUUUCAACGACACGAGGAACCUAAGUUUUCCACCGAUGAUUAUGAACAAGGAACAUAUGUGUACUUCGAUUUUCAUAUUGGCAACGAUGAGAUGCAAAACGGCUGGUGCCAAAGAAUCAAGACGGACUUCAAAUUCGAGUACAACUUUCUUGAAGAUGAGGUAACCGUGUAAAUAGAGUUUGGAGGCACUGCAAAUCCUUAUCCAUUUAGCUUAGAACCAAGAAAACAAAACAAAUGAUAAGACCGUUAUAUUAUCAAUGUUUGUCGGAUUUAAUUGAACUUUGCUUAUAUUUAAAAUGCACCACAUCAUUUCUAGA